UUUGCGUUCAAACAUUCAAACAGAAGGGAUGAUGAAAACUUGUGGGAUGAAAGAACGUAGUCUUCUUCAGUUCUCGUUCUUAGUUUUGAGACACCCUAUUGGUUAAUUCUAUGAUGUCGCGAUACUAGUGUGGCCAAUCGCAGCACAGCAGCACCAAGUCAAAUCAAAUGUUUUGGAGUGAAGCGUCCAGAGUUGUGCUUCUUCGGAUCGGGUGGGCAUUCUCCUUGCGUUGAAACAUAUAAGGAAGACCACAACAGAAAAUCUUAAUUGAUUUAACCUGGUCGAGGCUUCACAAUGGACAAUGUCGCAGUUUCAAGACGGAACCACAAGAAAGGAAACAAGGAAAAUGCCCAGCCUGUAUAUGGCAGUAAGUCCUUAACGAGAAGAGAGAAAACGUCAGUUACUCCCUUCCAGCUGGCAAGUAACACAAAAGAGCAAACCAUGGCAAGAAACGGCUCUCUUAAAGCCAAGGUGGACACAACAGCUCUGAAAAAGGCAAAUACUGUACAGAAAGAUAGGAAAGGAGCAGCUGCUGCUGCUACUGAUGUCAAACUACGACAAACGCAUAGCCGCGGCUUCCUCACGGAACAGGCUGUGAAAACCAAGAAAAUGGUUGCAGAAGCUCCAAAGCCACCGGCUGCUGUGCCUUCCUCAAGACCUGCUCCUGGCAUGUACAAAGGCAAGAUUGUCCAGUCAAAAAUAGGAUCCAUGUGGAAGUCAACUGCCACCGUGGGUGGGGCAGAUCCCAAACCACCAGCACCCAAAGCAGAGGUCCAAAGGAUUGGAAAUGUGACUAAACGCAGGUCCAUGUCCGUCGCUGACCUGCCUGUGCAUGUCUCACAAAAACCUGCGGCGACGAGGACCAAGUCGGUGUCGGAUGAACCUGCUCAUGUGUCCAAGCCUCCUGCCACCAGCCGUCCUCGCGCGGGGUUGUACAGUGCCCGCCCUGCUGCCAGAACCGUCCCAGCAACGCUAGCCGGUACCAGCGCGAAGCCAAAUAUUCCAGCGGCAGACAAGAAGGUCAACAAACCUCCUGUGUCGAAUGCCCUCAGUCAGUACAGAUUCACCAUGGAGACUGCCGAGGAAAGAAGAGCGAAACUGGCCGAGUGGCUCGCCUCCAAGGGCAAGACUUUCAAGAGACCCGCCAUGACAACAGCAGAACCCUCUAAAACCAAAGUCUCUGCGAAACCAGAAGCUGAUCCCGAACCGCAGUCCACGUCUUGUGUUGAGCCUCAGCCGACUGCACAGUGCAACCCUGAACCUGAACCCAGACUGGAAGCACACAAGCCAGGCCCUGCUGCUCACUGUUCCGGGUUAACACCCAGCCAAACUCCAGCGAUCAUGAACACCACGCUGGACCUGCUCGAAAACUCUGAUGCCGAGCUUCCUGUUGGCUCACAGGACAGCAUGGAUGAAGUUGUGGUGAACUUGUGUGCCGCUUUGGAUUCCUUAACAUACGAGGACGAGCUCCCACAGGUGAUGGAUGUGCCCAACAAUGUUGAAAUGGAGGACGGCAAACAGAAGGAUGAAUGUGAAACACAGGAGCGGAAGGAGGAAAGGCACGAGGAGGAGGAGGGCGAGCAGCCAAAGGUUGAGCAAGUGAAGGAUGGCGUAGAAGAAAGUAGUGACCAGAAAGUGGAGGCAGAUGAGGAAGUAGAAAGUGAUGAUGGUGUGAUGGAGACCGUGCCACAGGUGGAGGAUGCUUCAGUAAUAAAGUACAGCGUGAAGACCACUCCAUACCUACAAAGUGUGAAGAAAGCAAUUGAAGAGGAGGCCAGCGCGAGUACAUCCAGGAGAAAGAGCAACAUCAAAGAUGUUAAGUUUCUGACCCCCGUGCGCCGUUCGUGCCGCAUUGAGCGCACGUCGUCCCGCCUGCCGGCGAUGCUGGCCGAUCACGACCCCUGCGUGUCCUCGCUGGCUGAGCUGGUGCAGCUGGAUGACGGCGAUGCCGCCAACGCCUACAUCUACAGAAAAAACCACGCACUCCUGGGAGAUCUGCCAGAUCAGCCCAGACUGUGAGGAGCUCGGUUUAAAAUAAUAUAUUAUAUAUAAAAUGGACACUGUGUACUGACACUUUUUACAAUGUUUUAAUAAUCUCAUCUGAAUGUCUGAUCAAUGAAUUAUUGCUGUUAUAUUUUAAAAUAUUAUCCCCCUAACACUAUUGUUUGUUUUAUUAUAGUAUAGUAGUAUUUAUAUGUUGACAAUAUUGCCAAAUGCACUGCAAUAAAGAAUAUUAACUCAU